AUGGCGGAUGAGCCUGAUUCGAAGCCGAGCCCUGGCAUGACGGUCGAGGAAUGCCAGAAUAUGAUCCAGAGAAGUCUCCGAACUCCCAUGGUAAAAUUUCUCAAGGAGCACCUGGAGAAAUCAGGAUGUGGUAUUGGCAGCAAUUUCAUAAAGGCUGUCAAUUGUAAAGGAGCUACUGCUGGUGGUUAUGUUAAAGGCGAAGGGAUAGUGGUAUGUAGUAAUCACCUACAGAUCCAAGAUGAGGUAACACAAGUGGUGAUUCACGAGCUCAUUCAUGCGUAUGAUGAAUGUCGUUCUGCAAAUUUGGACUGGUCUGACUGUGCUCACCAUGCUUGCAGUGAGAUACGGGUCGGCCAUCUCAGUGGAGAUUGCCAUUACAAAAGGGAAUUACUUCGUCCAAAAAGUUGGAGUAAAUCUAUGCCCACCCUGAACCAAAUAAAAGGAAAUGGGCCGACCCCGCGCAAGCCCAAAAGUGUGAAGAAAUUCUUGAUUUCUCGGUCUGCGUCUCCUCCCAUCACCCAAAUCGCGAUUCUCUCCAACUCUCGAAAUCUGUCGCUGCACCUCGACCAAUCCUCUGUUAAAUUCAAAAAAUUGAGCUCCUUCGUAUCCCGCCUCGGUCUCGCUGCCGUGCCACCCAUCUCGGCCGCCGUCACCGGCGAAAUCUGUAGCAGCGCGCCGGUGAACGCGAAAAUCAGACCCGCCAAAACGCACCUCCGUCCAGGGUUGGCCCCGUCGAGCUUCGCAGCAACCAUUGACGUCAAAACCAGUCGUUUUCUGCCUCCAAUUGCGCUCUCCGGCCGUGGCAAAACCUUCAUCGGCCCAACGCGGCCCGCGGCCAAGGAAGUCGCUGCCGUCGACAGUGGCGCGACGCCCCUCUUGUGGCCACCAUCGUGCGUCCCCCUCACCUUCAAUAGUCCGACGGAAAUCACAGUCAAAGGCUCUAUUCGACCCUCCGCCUGCAACAGUUCGCCGGAAUUUGUUGUCGAAGGGCGUGCGAUUGGGUGA